AAGUUCAAUAUGUUACAACAUGAAGGCUCAUGACUAGCCUGAUGAUUGUUUUUAAAAGUACAUAAACAAUGGAAAUUGGAAAGACGUUAUCUUACGAUCCAUCUGCUAAUACGGUGUGAAGCUUUCUCUUUACUGACUAGACAUGGCUGGUCUUCUCUUCUAUUUCAAACCCUCUACUCUCUUGGCGAAUUAUCCCAUUUUGAGUGAUAAAACCAUCUACUUGAAAUGAUUUUUUGUAGGGACAUAGCAAUGUAGACAGACAUUGGCAUAUUCAUCAGUAGCAAGGAUCUUAUUCUUAUCUGCUGCUGUAAAUCAACAUUUGUUUGUUUCUGCCUUUUUCAGUGUCCCUCUAUUCCCAGCAGAGAGAAGACUGUCAGCAUGAAGAGGGAGAAUCAGAGCAGUGUGUCUGAGUUCCUCCUCCUGGGCCUCCCCAUCUGGCCAGAGCAGCAGGCUGUGUUCUUCACCCUGUUCCUGGGCAUGUACCUGAUCACGGUGCUGGGGAACCUGCUCAUCAUCCUGCUCAUCCGGCUGGACUCUCACCUUCACACCCCCAUGUUCUUCUUCCUCAGCCACUUGGCUCUCACUGACAUCUCCCUUUCAUCUGUCACUGUCCCAAAGAUGUUAUUAAGCAUGCAAACUCAGGAUCAAUCCAUUCUUUAUGCAGGGUGUGUAACUCAGAUGUAUUUUUUCAUAUUUUUCACUGAUCUAGACAAUUUCCUUCUCACUUCAAUGGCAUACGAUCGGUAUGUGGCCAUCUGUCACCCCCUCCGCUAUACCACUAUCAUGAAAGAGGGACUGUGUAACUUACUAGUCGCUGUGUCCUGGAUCCUCUCCUGUACCAAUGCCCUGUUUCACACUCUCCUCCUGGCCCAGCUGUCCUUUUGUGCUGACAACACCAUCCCCCAUUUCUUCUGUGAUCUUGUUGCCCUACUCAAGCUCUCAUGCUCAGACAUCUCCCUCAAUGAGCUGGUCAUUUUCACAGUGGGACAGGCAGUCAUUACUCUACCACUAAUAUGCAUCUUGAUCUCUUAUGGCCACAUUGGGGUCACCAUCCUGAAGGCUCCAUCUACUAAGGGCAUCUUCAAAGCUUUGUCCACCUGUGGCUCUCACCUCUCUGUGGUGUCUCUGUAUUAUGGCACAAUUAUUGGACUGUAUUUUCUCCCCUCAUCCAGUGCCUCCAGUGACAAGGACGUAAUUGCCUCUGUGAUGUACACGGUGAUCACCCCAUUGCUGAAUCCCUUCAUUUGUAGCCUAAGGAACAGGGACAUAAAGGGAGCCCUGGAGAGACUCUUCAACAGGGCAACAGUCUUAUCUCAAUGACAUUUACUCUUCUUUAUAACAGACAUAUGUAUUGACCUAUUUCCAGAUCAUAGAUCCUUACUUCUGAUCCCAGCAAGGGAUAAGUGCUCAGUAACUCUCUGAUGACUUGAAUUGCAUUCUGUUACAGUUAUUCUCCCUUUUCCUCUUUAGUGCAAAUUGUGAAUUCUGAAUUUACAUAAUUGUUUAUUUAUCUUGCCUAUUAGAUUCAGAAAUUACAUAGUUAACAGAACUUAAAUCCUUCAUUUUAUUUCCUGGAAAUUUAUUUGUUCUUAGGAAUUGUUUAAAUAUGUUGACUAACAGGAUUCCCUUGCCAUAGAAAAGUUGAAGGAUUGGGUACUUGUAAAGGCAUUUCCCUUUCUUUCUUCCCAUUCAGUUCUCUUCUCACAUUUUUUAUUGUUGUUGCUGAUGGUGGUGGGUAAGGAGAAGAAACUAUAUAGUACCCUUUACAGAUCCAAAAAGCUAUUCACUGUCAUAAGUUCAGCUGUUCCACUUCAGAACUUGAGGUUCCUCUUCUAGACUACAAUAACUUUCAUUCAACAGUUCACUUUCAGACCCAUGUUUAUGAAGCUUUCUGACUACACAUGUGAGUUUCAAUCACGCCGCAGACUCACUCCAGGUAAUGAAUGAGAAGAACAAAAAAGUCUUCACAGUCAGGAGCCUUCUGUUGCCGUCACUAAAUUUGAUCCCUUUCCCAUUCAGUGUCUUCGUUGUCUUUCUUAUUGAAAAGCAUUUCUACUCAGCUUAAUGGCCCCUAGUUUGUAUUAUAUGCCCAAGUCAUCUUUUAUCUUUUUCUUCUAUCUUCUAUGGUCUCCGCCAUCCAGUGAAGGGCAUAUAGGUCUCUUUUUUCAUUCCUCUACUUAAAGAUAAACAGAACUACAAAUGCUUCUGAGAAGCAGCAACGUGUAGCUGCAAGAGAAGAAUAUUUGGAAAGCUACAUCUCAUUUGUAAUCUCUAUAUACCAGGGUGGUGGCUGCGUGGCCUCAGACAAUUCACCCAAUUCCUUUGAACCUCAAUUUCUUCUUCUGUAUAGGUGAAAAAAGUUCUGCAACACCUAACAUAUUUUAUUUGAAGUAAAUGCAGUAAUAAAUUGGGCUUAACACUA